AUCAUCAUCUUUUUUUCUUAUGUAGGGACUCCCCCUUCUUUGCCGGAUCCAGGGACAUCGUCGGUCUCGUGCUUGUUUUCUCUCUGGCAUCGCUACUCCUACUCCUCCCUCUCCUCUUUUCCCCUCUCCCCAUUGAUCCCCUCCUCUCCCCCUUCCCAUCACCUCCCCCUCCUCGCGCACGAUCCUUGCGACAACCUUCUGUCUUGCUGCGAACUCGAUCUGAGAUCCCGUCGAUUCCCGACGAACCCUUCCAACGGUCCGUUCGUUCGACCAAUACGGAAAUUCUUUCUACGGAUCUCACCCCCCCUCUACUCCCCCCCCAUUCCAUUCGCCAUGGGUAUCUUCAAGCGAAAGGACUCCAAAAUCUCGGUCCAUAGUGACACGGAUGAGCAAGAGUCAUACACCUCCAUCAACAGUGCUCGCAACUCCAGUGCCUCUCUAAAGUCCCCCGGUUAUAAAGGCAGUUCCAUGCCUUCUUCCAUUCCCGAGCUGUCCAUCACGAAACCUCCCGAUCCCGCCCUCGACCCGGCUGCAUACUUGCGCAGCAUCCAUGCUGUUCGCGAACGCUCCAAUCUCGUCCUGGCCAAGGCCAAAAAGAACCAAUUACGCCAUUUCGAGGUCGAUAUGUCGAAAUUCUCCUCCACCGCGUCCUAUAUCGUCUCCAUCAUCAAGAGAGACUAUGCGCCCGACUAUGAGUCGAUUCCCCCGCACGGCCGCUGGCAACACUUUGAUGUGGGCGGUCGCCCCCGCAUCAACCAACUGCUGCAGUCGUGGCCCAGCUCCAUCGAUGCGCAGGAACGCACCCGCCGCCUCAUCGACCUCUUCGUUGUCUCCGUCCUCCUAGACGCUGGUGCUGGCACCACGUGGUCCUACCGGUCCAAGGAAUCCGGCAAGAUCUUUUCGCGCAGUGAGGGGUUGGCCGUCGCCACGUUGGAGAUGUUCAAGUCGGGUUUGUUCAGCAGCGACCCGACCGAACCCUGUCAGGUGGAUGGCGCCGGUUUGAAGAAGAUCACGGUCGACGUGCUCGCCAAGGGAAUGCAGCACUCGGAAGGGAACCAGCUCGCGGGUAUCGAGGGCCGCGCUGGCCUUCUCAUCCGACUCUCGGAGGCGUUAAACAACCAGGAAUUUUUCGGGGUGGAUGCGCGACCAGGGAAUAUGCUGGACUAUCUCCUGUGUCACCCAUCCACGUUAGCUUCGUCGGUGCCCAUCGUUCCCAUCACCACCUUGUGGACCGUCCUGAUGGACGGGCUCACCCCCAUCUGGCCCCCGUCCCGAACCCAGGUGGAUGGCCUCUCGAUCGGAGACGCCUGGCCCUGUUCGACCCUGCCUCCCUCCCCGCCCGCGCAGUCGUGGGAGAACAUUGUACCAUUCCACAAACUCACCCAAUGGCUGUGCUACUCCAUCAUGGUCCCGAUGUCCCGGUUGAUGAAGAUCCACUUUGCGGGCAGUGAGCUGCUCACGGGGCUGCCCGAGUAUCGCAACGGUGGCCUCCUGAUUGACAUGGGGCUGCUGACCCUCAAGGACGAGGACCUCGAGCGAGGGGUUGCUGCGUACAAGCAGAACGCCCAGAUUCGGGGGCAGCCCAGCGUGGAGGUCGUUCCCUUCUUCUCGGCCGAUGACGACGUGGUAGUCGAAUGGCGCGCGGUCACGGUCGGAUUUUUGGACGACCUGCUGGACGAAGUGAACUCGCAGCUGGGUCUGAGAGGGGAGGAUCAAUUGUCCUUGGCGCAGAUGCUAGAGGCUGGAUCAUGGAAGGGUGGCCGUGAAAUCGCCGAGGUCUCCCGACCCAACACGAAAGAACCGCCCAUCAUGAUCCGUUCCGAUGGGACGGUGUUCUAAUGGCUCUUUCGUAUCUCCUUUGUACUGUUGAUUCUUUCGAUACCUUUGCCGCCUAUGGGCGUGAUGACUCUGAUGACCCGAUGUUAACGUGCCUUAUAUUUCUGUACUUGUUGUUUACUAUACUUUUGUCCUUGGGCCUGAUUUCGGAGUACCGAUAUCUCUUUCCUUCUGUCUCACUUUUUUUCUUGAUAUUUUCUUUCUUGUCUCCACUAUUGAUAUAGUUGGAUUUUGUUCUUGGUAUAUAAUUUCUUGUGUAUGGGCCGGGAUAAAAGCAAUGAUGAUUGGGAUUUGUAUGGGAGGAAUGACUUGGCGCAAUAAGAAUGUAUACCUAAU